CUUCAUCCAUCAAAUUGACAGCUGAAACUGUUUUGUUUAAUUGCGGGAGAUAAUAUAGAUGAGAAGUAAUUUUAUAACUGGAUAUAUUAAAAUGAAAAUCGACUUAACUUGGUUAUAACAAUGAAUGGAUUUAUAGCUGUACAUUGCGGGGCUGGCUACCACAGCGAUUCUCUUAGGAAAGAAUAUCAAAGAACGUGUUAUGCUGCAUGUAGAAAAGCGGCUGAAUCACUAUCGCAAGGCGGAAAUGCUGUAGAUGCAGUAGAAAAAGCGAUCAUAGAGCUUGAGAAUAGUCCAUUAACUAACGCUGGCUAUGGUUCAAAUUUGAGUUGGGAUGGUUUAGUAGAGUGUGAUGCCUCAAUAAUGAAUGGUCAAACCCUGCAUUUUGGUGCAUGUGGUGCUGUUUCUAAUGUUUGGAACCCAAUUACCCUGGCCAAACAGCUGUGUAUCAAGCAAUGUGAAAACCUUUCACUGGGGAGAGUUCCACCUUGUAUUCUAACAGGACCAGGUGCAAAGAUCUGGGCUGAGAGGAUGGGAUUACAAAUAGUUGAAGAACAAAAAAUGAUUUCUAGUCGAGCUUUUCGUAAUUUCAAACACUGUAAGAGAAAGCUAAAAAGAUAUUCUGUACAGAAUGAUUUGAAGUUCAGCCCUUUAGAUACUGUGGGGGCAAUAUGUGUUGAUUCUAAUGGAGUGGUAGCAUCUGGCGCUAGCUCAGGAGGGGUGUCAUUGAAGCAUGAAGGGAGAGUUGGACAAGCAGCUUCUUUUGGUAGUGGUGUCUGGGCGGUGAUGAGCAGGGACGAAUCAAAGCCGUCCAUAGCUUCUUGCACAUCAGGAUGCGGCGAACAUCUCAUCCGGACACAAUUAGCUAAGAAUUCUGCUGAAAGUCUGUUAGAAUCUUCACCCGUUCUGGGGCUUGAUAAGUGUUUGAAGGACAAAUUUCUAAACUCGCCAUUUCUUUGGGAUAUACCUGAAAGACUGGGCGGUACACUCGCUCUCAAAUAUAACUCUUUGGCUGCCGAAGGUGAACUUCUUUGGGGCCACACAACAAAAACUAUGUGCAUCGGAUACAUGUCUACUGAAGUGGCGAAACCAAAGUGUGUUAUAUCAUAUCUGCCGCCCAAAGCUGAGUGCGGCCACAAGGCGGUUGUAUCUGGAGUGCCGUUUAAAUUAACAACACAGUGUCCAGUGUUACAAUGGGAAAUUAAGACUGAACCUACAAUUAAUGGAUCUCUCUGACAUCAAAUAUUAUAUAUAUUAGUUAACUCAAACAGUCUAGACCCUAGUCUAGACGGUUAUAGUUCCAAAUUUCACGUAUAAGUAAUGAGAUACACAAUGUUACCAUAAUAACUCAGUAGAAAUUAAUGAACCGUAUUGUAUGUAAAUGUUUAUUUGACAAUCAAUAUAACAAGUGUUCCUAUAA